AUGAUUGAGUCGAAAGAAGAUUACGCGGUGCAUUCUACGGCUUCUCGGCCUGAAAUAUAUAGAGGUAAAUCAGGAUAUUUAGACAUGUCAUUGUCGAACUCUAGGAUAGUAUCCUUGGAUGAAAAAGGCAAAGCUAUUUCUCCAACAGUAUCUGGAGAGUCUCUUCACACCUUCAACUCCAAAGAACUCGAAAGAGGCUUGAAAUCAAGACAUGUUCAACUUAUUGCUCUUGGUGGAUGUAUUGGAACUGGUUUGUUUGUUGGCAGUGGAUCUGCCUUAGCAACGUGUGGGCCUGCGGCCUUGUUUAUCAGUUACUUAAUCAUGUCACUGGUUAUAUUUUUUGUGAUGAAUAUGUUGGGGGAAAUGACAACCUUUUUACCAUUACCUGGAAAUGGUGCACAAGCUUUUGUAAAUGACUAUGUCGAUGAGUCCUUUGGAUUUGCGAUAGGGUACAAUUAUUGGUAUGCUUUUGCAAUGUUAGUCGCCUCGGAAGUAACAGCAGCAGCAAUUGUGGUACAAUACUGGAACAGAAGCAUCAAUAUUGCUGCAUGGAUCACAAUAUUUCUAGCUGUUAUAAUCGCGCUUAAUAUGAGUUCUGUCAAGUAUUUUGGAGAAGCGGAGUUUUAUUUUGCGAGUUUGAAACUUAUAGCCAUUGUCGGAUUGAUAAUUUUGGGUAUAGUUUUAUUCUUUGGAGGAGGGCCUACCCAUGAUAGGUUAGGAUUCAGGUACUGGAAGCAUGAUCACGCUUUUAAAGAACAUUUGACAGGAGGAGAUACUGGAAAAUUUCUUGCUGUAUGGACAGCUAUAAUAAAGUCAGGAUUUGCAUUUAUUUGCUCUCCCGAGUUGAUUGCGACAGCAGGAGGUGAAUGCCAAGCCCCCAGAAGAAACAUCCCCAAAGCAGCCAAUAGAUUUAUCUAUAGAUUGGCUUUCUUUUACAUCUUUGGAACAUUGGUCAUUGGAGUCAUUGUGAGUUCUAAUAAUCCACAUUUAUUAAGUGGCUCCUCGGAUGCUUCCGCAUCUCCGUUUGUUUUAGGAAUUCAGAAUGCAGGUAUACCAGUAUUAAACCAUAUUAUUAAUGCCGUCAUUCUUACUUCAGCAGCAUCGGCAGGAAAUUCAUUUCUCUAUUCUGCUUCCAGAACACUCUAUUCCAUGUCAACUAGAGGAAUUGCUCCAGCAAUAUUUUCAAAAGUAAACAAGUUUGGUGUACCUUACUUUAGUGUUAUGGCUUCAUCUUGCUUCGGUUUCUUAUCAUAUUUGAACUGCUCAUCGUCGUCAUCUAAUGUUUUUUCUUGGUUUUCAAAUAUAUCUACAAUCUCAGGUUUUAUUUCAUGGAUCCUUGUUUCAUUUGCCUAUUUAAGAUGGAGAAAAGCAAUCGCAUAUAACAACUUACAAGAUAGGGUCACUUACAAGACAAUAUUACAGCCAUACGGCGCCUACUAUGUCAUUAUAUUCAUUGGUCUCGUCACUUUAACUAAUGGUUAUGCCGUAUUUUUUGAUUUCAACAUAGGCGAUUUCUUAGCAGCCUAUAUUACAUUUCCAAUUGUUUUUGUUCUCUACGUUGGACAUAAGAUAUAUAACUUUUAUUAUCGUGGCGUGAGAAGAUUAUUGAUCCCAAUUCCCCGUAUUGACUUAUUUACAGGCUUAGACUUGAUAGAGGAAGAAGAUAGGAAUGAACCCGAAAGAAUACCAAAAAAUUGGAUGGAAAAAAUCUGGUUCUGGAUCGCCUAA